UUUCGGCUUACUUUUUUGACAUAACUCGCUAGUCGAUCCCGGUGUAGCUUGAAAAAAGGUUCCAUUGUGAGUUCCUAUUCCUGCAUACAACAUUGGGGCGCUUACCCUGGUAUGCCAACGCCCCCUCCCCCAAAUUGACCGGGUUUGACCUCUGGUUUACGAACCAGAAAGUGAGAUUAUUUUCUUGUGUAUGUAAAAAAAAUUAUUACAUUUCUAAUGCCGGUUUUUAUUAAAUGAUUAAUUUACUUGAUUAAUCGAUUUUAAUUAUGUUUUAAUUUUUGCUAUUCUUUUCGAACGAUGAGAAAAUGCCCAAUUCAUUAGUGUAUCACAUUCCCCGUGGUUCAGGCGGGCGACCCUGGCUACAAAAACAAAAUCAAGUCAAAUCAGCAGCAAAGGAAGGAAAUUUACUUAACAACCAGGGGGGGAAUUCAAUUCGAAGAUAAGCAUUGCGUAAGCAUAGAUUUUGCUAAGCAAUGGAAAAUUUGGAUUCAAUUAAUCCGAAUUUAGGAAUUUGCUUACUCAUACACUUACGCCAAAAAUCUUAUUCAAUUAGAAAUAUAAUUCUUAAACCUUGCGUAUUUUUAAAGUACUCGGGAGCAGUAUUAUCUCUUGCUUAAAUAACUUCCAUAGCCAAUGUAUGUACCUGUCUGCCUUAUCAUUUUAACCCUUUGAUUUGAAACGAUAAUUGUCGUCAUUUAAUAAGAGAUGGUUUAACUCGAGAGAAAAAUUAAAGCCGUCCUGCAAAAUUGUGGUCGUUUCUAGGAGGUCAUUGAUUUUCAUGAUUUUCUCUCCGCGGCGUAAAAUCUGUUGUAACUUUGAGGGAUUUCUCUUUUCUUAACCAAAUGUUAAUUUGAACAUUUCCUUGCCCAAAGUUAAUAUUUAUCAAUACUUCAGUGAAUCACUUUCCUCCUCCCGCACUGUCGCCACAACAUAUUUAUAACGUCCCCAAAUAAAUACUUUCUUGUAGUUAAUUAUACUUCUUAAAGGGUUAAAGAAACAUGUCGGUGCCAUUGUUUGUUUUGAGGAAUGAACGUAAUCGACGCUAUCCCCAAAGAAAGUUACUUGAGAGCCUCUCCGAAUUUGAAAUUAGAAAGCACACUGGCUUGCCAUGGUGGGGAGCUAGAGAGAUUUUGGGGUGGUUAGAACCACAUGUGGAACCGAAACAAUUUACAAAUCAUGCUGUGACGGCGGAAUCUAAAGUUCUUACGACACUGGGGUUCUUUCGAUCAGGAGGUUUUCAAUGGUUAAUGGGGUCAGAUUGUGGAUUAUCCCAACCAACCGCGUCAAGAAUUAUAGAGCAGGUAAAAGUUUUAAUAUUAAGUAAUAUUAACACACGCUUAUAUUAUGUUGUAAGAUUACAAUCGCUCUCUACGAUUUUAUUUUAGGUCAGCCGAGUUCUUGUUACGGAGUCGCCAAAAAUCGUAUCUUUUCCCGAUGCAGCUGAACAGAAAAGAAUUUCUACAGCCUUUCAUGCCAAGAGUAGAUUUCCAAAUAUAAUAGGAAUUAUCGAUGGGUCACAUGUGAAUAUAAUUUCGCCAAGUCAAGACGAAAGGUCAUUCGUGAAUAGAAAACAAAACCACUCAAUCAAUGUCCAAAUUAUUUGCGACGACCAAUUCCGAUUCAUUGACGCCGUGGCAAGUAAUCCGGGUGGCGCACAUGACUCGUUUGUGUUCCGAAAUUCUCACAUUCAUCACCGAUUUUUGACAGGAGAAUUUGGGAAUGGAAAAUUAAUAGGUAGGUAAUAGCUAAGAAGUAAAGUGGAAUUUUAAUUUAAUGUAUUUAUUUUGUAUCUAUUUAGGUGACUCAGGAUAUUCUCGUUCUCCGUUUAUGGAGGUUCCUUAUGCUAGGGGAAUUAUUACUCCUUUUCAGAACGAUUACAAUAAAAGGUUAACGUCCGUUCGAUGUGCCAUUGAAUGCACAAUUGGACGAUGGAAAAGUAGGUUUAGAUCCAUGCACAGGUAAUUAAACGAUUUAUUAAACCUUUAAAAAUUAGUGUAUCGCUGAUUAACAUUUUAACAGGACCGGGGGAGAACUUUGCUAUACUCCAACAAAAGUUUGUCGCCUAAUUAUUUCAACAAUCACGCUUCACAACUUUUGUCAUACGACUAAUAUCGCAUUACUGAACGAAGAUGAAGAUAUUUAUAAUCAAAUAAUUAGAGAAAUGAAUGAUGAGGAUUAAUUAUUUUUCAUAAUUUGUAGCUUCUCCUUUUCAAUUGAGUUUCGCUCCGCCAAUAAAUCAACUAUUUGUGCCAGUUGCAUUGUUUGAGUCUCCAAUAAUUUAACUUGUUUAGCUUGUAAUGCGAAAAGAGUAGUUUCCAGAGGACGUUUCGUUUGUUUCUUGAAAAAAUGUGGAGCAUUUUCUUCCGAAGCAUCAGCCGGUUUGUUUGUUCUUGAGCCCGUGUCUCCAAUUGGGAUGAGGCCCGUUACCGAGAUCAAGUUUAAUGGCGCAGUAUCAACGGUCGACACUAAAUAUUUUAAGAAAGAGUUUAAAAAUUGUGCUUGACUGACGGGAAUUGAAUUAAGCGUACUAACUUUUACUAAUGUCGAUUCCACCCUCAAUUCCUGAAAUUUCGACCCGUGGAACAAGUGCCAAAAUUUUCUCUCCUACGGUAUUUUGGGGUUGUAGAAUCGCAGACCCUCCUCCAGUUUUUUUCAUUUCAUUCGAAUUGUUGGUCUCGAUUUUUUUCACGCUACUUUUCAAAACUUGAUACUUCUUUUUCACCUCGGCUACGCUUCUAGGAAUGUUAACGGAAGAGACAGCAUUAACUUUUUCGGUGACAUCAUCCCAUAGCUCAUUUUUCCGAUUGUUGGUCAAGGUUGAACUAAAUCUUCCAAAGAGUGCAUCGUAGUGAAGUCCAACGGUGUCGACCAAAGCCUCACAUUCCUUAGUGGAAAAGUUUGGGCGUCCUACAAAGUAUUUAUUAAUUGACCUAUUUUUAUUAGAGGGAAAGCUCAUAAAAUACGUAACGCAAAGCAGGGGAGGGGUUAGGCUGUUGUGUUACUGGUCCCCUUGAUCAGUUAAAAAAAUGGGGUGUAAAAAUGGACUAUAUCCCUCUACGAGGGAUGUGUAAAAAAAUGACUAAUUUUGCGUUUCGUGUUUUCUGAACAUUCCCAAAAUAGAUAUUUAUAAUUAUAAUUUCUUACUCUUUCCAUUUGUGUCAACUAAUUCCAUCUUAACUGAACUUUUCGAAUCCAUACCACAUAAAUAUUAUUUUGUUGUGACAAUUAGCUACAUAAGCAAACUCCGACCUAGAUAACUGUUCUGAUAAGUUUUGCCAGCUGACACUGUUUUGUGGUGGAAAAACUUGCGCAGUGCUAAGCAAAAGACAAGAGAUACGCAAAUUUUGAACUUCCGCAUGCUUAUCUAUUGAAUCGCGUUUUUUGCUGAGCAAAAUCUAUGCUCAGCAAUGCGUAAGCAAAAUCUAUGCUUACGCAUGUCACAAUUGAAUUCCCCCCCAGGUAAAUUGAUUUUUCCUCUUUUUGCCUCAAAUAAUUAAAAUUUAGUCAAUUUGAAUAGUAAUAAUUGAUUUUCACAAUCUUCAGAUCACUCAAGUAACGCAGUGCGUGUAUAAAUUGGAGGUACAUAAAAUGUACGGGAUUUCCAACUGUAGGAAAAAUGGGACAGGACACAUUUUGCAAGAUCUACUUUCCUCCACGGUUUCACUCGAGAGGUCAAAUUUUCUCUCCCGACAGGAUGAUCCCCCAGAAAUUCAGAAAUCAUCCCCAGAAUUUCCCUCGUCGUGCUGUUCGAUCUGUUCCGGAUCGACGAAUCUGAAUCGCCUCGCUCUCCACGAAAUGGAACUUCUUGUCAAAUUCGUCCUAACUCGGGAACAAGUUUCUCUCAUUUUUCAAACAGGCGAAUAUCCGCAAAUAUUUUGUUGCAAAAUUUGCUCCUCCGCGAUCCUCUCGUUGGCCAAGUUGUCUAAAACUAUUGAAAAUGUGACCAUUUCCCUGCGUGCCGUCAUCUCCGGGGGGAAUGGAGUGUUAAACAAGCUGGGGAAAGGGUACACACUUAGUGAAUUGUCAGAUGGAGAUGGACACUGCGGAGGUCAAGCGACUUCUAACGUAACUGGAUUCAAACAUUUGAAG